AUGGGAUUAACUAAAGAUUUCUUAAAAUUUCAACAAUCGGGCUCUUUUAAUUUACUCGCAUCUCCUAAUGGAAUGGUUCAAUUUGUCGAUAGUGUUACUUGUGCUGUUUCUGCGGCUGAAAAUGUUUCUUUUUACAAUAUGCGAACAUUGGCAAAGACAAAACAAAUGCGUUUUGAAGGAAGAAUCGUUACCUCUUUUGCAUUGACGAAGGAUAAAUCGAAAAUUGCUAUUGGGUAUGAUAAUGGUUCUAUACAUUUACAUAGAAUUGAGGAUGAAAGUCCCCCGAUUGUUUUUAAUGGACACAAAACUGGAGUAAAUUGCUUGACUUUUAGUGACGAUGGUUUUAUCUUGGCUAGUGGAGGAAAGGAUUCGGUUAUUGCGCUUUGGGAUGUAUUGAAUGAAUCUGGUAUUUGCAGUUUAUUUGGCCACAAAGGAACAAUAACUCACCUGCGUUUUGUACAGAAUGGAUUAUAUCUUGUUUCGAGCUCUAAAGAUACUCAAAUUCGCUUUUGGAGUAUUUUAAACUACUGUUGUUUUUAUUUACUUGCUGAAAGUCAAUCAGAAAUAUAUUCAUUUGCUCUUUUAAAUAAGGAGAAUUUAUUGGUUGUUGCAAAUUCUGAAAUUGAAUUACUUGUAUUUGAACUUAAAUGGAGUAAAGAAAUUAAAGAAGAGAAUGAUGACGAGGAAAUAUUAGAUGAUUUGAAUGUAAAGAGAAUAUGUUCUGAAAAUGAUAAUGAAUUAAUAAAAGAGGAUCAAGCAAAUAAAGUUUUACAGUGCAAAAAACGCGGUUCACUCUUACGACAGGCCAAAGGCCGCGCACUUCAAUUGAGUGUUUCUAGUGAUGAGGCUAUUUUAUGUUGUGUAGGUGCUGAUUCUUUGGUCGAUAUUUACAGUAAUAAACGAUUUAGAAGAAAAUUAAGAAAACUCCGCCAACGAUUGGAAAUUCAAGAAAAUGAAGAAAAUAAAGACGAUUUAUCUUCACAAAUGUUAAAAUUAGAAAGUGAAGUGCGCAAAGAUAUUACAACAAUUAUUGCUAGAAUAGGGGAUUACAGAGCCGAUUCAAAAGUUAAAUGGGUUGAUAUGUGUGAUUCUUUUACUGUUUUGCCUAAUGGACGAACAAGAGAAUAUAGAUUUUAUUGUCUACUUAAAUCUAAUAAUGUUUUGGGUGUUUCUAUUCGUGUUGAUUGGAAAAACAGUGCUACCGAGUCUUUUCUUCUAACUAGUUUGGGACAGCGUGUUCAUAGAACGGAUAUUCGUGCUCUUGCAAUUUCUUCAAAAUCUGAUAUAAUUGUAACUGGCUCAAAUGAAUCUGCAAUAGUUUGGGAUUUACAAGAAUUAGUAUCUUUAAAUAAAUUGGUAGCUGAUGGUCUUCAACAGAUUUCUGCUGCUCUGCUUUUUGCUAAUGAUACACAAUUAAUUUUGGGAACUAGAACUGGAUCAUUGUUCUUAUUUAAUUUAAAAACUUGUGAAUUAAUUGAAAAGAGUGAUUCUGUUCAUGAUUCUAUUACUGGACUUUGUGCAUUUCCAAAUAAAGAUGGAUUUGUUUCUUUUGGUCAGGAUAAGAAAGCAAGAUUUUGGUGUUUUGAAAGAGUAAAAGAUUCUUCUGAACGUGAUUAUUUAUCAAUUCGAUCAAAGCGUGUACUAGAACUUCAAGAUGAACCUUUAUGUGCUGCAAUUUCCCCGAACGGCAAAUUUAUUGCAUUUGGACUUUUAGACAAUACUUCAAGAGUUUUCUUUAUGGAUAGCCUUAAAUAUUUUGUAUCGUUAUAUGGACAUUCAUUACCCAUUUAUUGUAUUGAUAUUUCACAUGACAGCAAAUUAAUAAUUACUGGUUCUGGAGAUAAAUCUUUACGAAUAUGGGGACUUGAUUUUGGAGAUUGUCAUCGUUCUUUGUUUGCCCAUGAUGGAAACGUGACUUGUGUUCAAUUUUGUAUUAAUAUGGCUGAUGAUGAAAAAUUAUUUUGGUCUGCUGGAAGUGAUGGAAAAUUGAAGCAAUGGGAUGCGGUAGCUUUUAAUCAUAUUCAAACUUUAAAUGCCCAUACUGAUCAAAUUGAUGCAAUUGCCCAAAAUUUUGAUAGUAAAAUAUUGAUUUCUGCUUCAAGAGAUAAAUCUGUACGUGUUUGGGAGUUGACAGAUGAAUUAAUUGUCUUACAGGAAGAAGAGGAAAGGAAGAGAGAAGAAGAUUAUGAGAAGAAAAUGACAGAAGAGGAGGACAUUGUCCCCGGUGAAACAAAAAAUUCAGAAAGUGGUUUGGCUACACUAAAAAGUAUGGAAACAAUUAAAUCGGUGAUUUUGCAUUUUCUUUUAAAUUUAUUUUUUUUAGACUGAAAGUAUAAUGGAAGCAAUUGAAAUUGUCCGUAGAGAGAGAAUUGAACACGAAAAUGAUAAUGAGCACAUUCCUCAUAUUUUGUUGAGAGCAUAUCCAAAUGGUUCUUUUCAUUUAUUUAUUGGCGAUACUUUAGAGAAAAUACAAAGAAG